UAUGCUUCAUCUUAUCUGUGGUCUGCUGUAACGUGUUUGUAAUGGCGGAUUGUGAUUGUUUGUAGAAUUUAACGUUUUAUACUGAAGAAUAGUUGCUUACUUGUUUGUCCUUGCGAUUUAUUUACUACAAUGUCUGAUACUAGUGAUCUCGACCGCCAAAUCGAGCAGCUUAAGCGCUGCGAGAUAAUAAUGGAAGCAGAAGUUAAAGCCCUUUGCGCAAAGGCGCGCGAAAUCCUAGUAGAAGAAAGCAACGUCCAGCGAGUGGAUUCCCCUGUUACAGUGUGUGGAGAUAUUCAUGGUCAGUUUUAUGACCUGAAAGAAUUAUUUAAAGUAGGAGGAGAUGUUCCAGAGACCAAUUACCUUUUUAUGGGGGACUUUGUGGACAGAGGGUUUUACUCGGUUGAAACUUUCUUACUAUUACUAGCACUGAAGGUGAGAUAUCCUGACCGCAUUACACUUAUCAGAGGGAACCAUGAGUCCAGACAGAUCACACAGGUGUACGGGUUCUAUGAUGAAUGUUUGCGGAAAUAUGGAUCUAUUACAGUUUGGAGGUACUGCACAGAGAUAUUUGACUACCUAUCACUCUCGGCCAUCAUAGACGGGCGGAUAUUCUGCGUGCACGGCGGGCUGAGUCCGUCCAUACAGACGCUAGACCAGAUCCGCACCAUCGACCGCAAGCAGGAGGUGCCCCACGACGGACCCAUGUGCGACCUGCUGUGGAGCGACCCAGAAGACACACAAGGCUGGGGCGUAUCACCUCGCGGCGCGGGCUACCUGUUCGGCUCGGACGUGGUGGCGCAAUUCAACGUGUCCAACGACAUCGACAUGAUCUGCCGCGCGCACCAGCUCGUCAUGGAGGGCUACAAGUGGCACUUCAACGAGACCGUGCUCACCGUGUGGUCGGCGCCUAACUACUGCUACAGGUGCGGAAACGUAGCAGCUAUAUUAGAAUUGAACGAAAACCUUCAGCGAGAGUUCACAAUAUUCGAGGCGGCGCCGCAGGAGUCCCGAGGCGUGCCCUCCAAGAAGCCCCAGGCCGACUACUUCUUAUAAUGUCGCUUACGAUAGACAAUCAAACAUCUCGGUCUAGUAUUACGGUUUUAUUGUAGUGACAAACAUUUAAUGUGGACAUAAUUUAAUUGUGAUUUUAAGACUGGUAAGUGUAGCAAGUCAGUAAACCAAGUAACAGGACACUAGUUGAGUAUAGCAGACCAGUUCAUACUUGACGCGGGCGAAUGAUGAUCCCUAUUAUCCCUACUCGCUUUUAGAUAGACUUAAUUAAAAAAAUAAAUGAAGAAACAGAUUUUUACCUAAAAAAAUGUAAAAGUAGCAAAAAAAAGUCUAAAAACAUUUCGACAUUAACAAUUACUCCAUACAAAAAUAAACUGUCUUAGGCAUCAUUAUACGCCGCGUCAAGUAUAGUGUCAUUAUGUUUAUCCAAUAUAAAAAAAAACAAUUGACCUUACGGUUGAAGUGAAUGUCUUAACUAAACAACUUGUGAUGGAUUUUUAAGUCAAGACUAGGCAUAUGGAAUGUUGAACCCUACACGGGAGAGGGAGAUUGAUAGGAUAGGUUCUUGAUGGCACAAAUGAUUGGUCAUGGUCAACAAAUAAUGGCAUAGUUUAGUACUCUUGCCUAAGUGCUUAACUGGUGUACUUGCUUCACAUGAAGACUAAUUAAUAAAAUACCAAUGUGAUAAAAUUUUAGACACCAACAUGUUAAAAUUUAAACUGGUAGGUAAAAUGAGACCUUCAUUUUGCGUAUUCCCAAUGUACAAAGUAUCAAUUUGAUCCAAUGAAGAUUGUAACAUUGUGUUUAAGUGUACUGAUAUUAUUUUUGAAUAUGUUCACACCUCUCGGACGAAGAUAGGAGGUGUAACGCGCAUUUGUGAUGAGAAAAGAGUAAAUUAAGGAUUUCAUUGAUGUAAUUUAAAUGGUUAAUACUUAUUAGGUAGGUUCUACUGUGCUAACAGAGUCAUACGUUUUCACUUGAGCACUGCCGUAUUUUUAACGUAGAUUUGAAAUAAUUGUAUACAAUAGUAAUAGCAAUUGGUAUUGUUAUAUUCUGAUGUUUAACUUUUUAGAUAUGAUAGUGAUCUCACAGUAA